CGGCGCAUUGAAAUGACGCAUUCCUUUCAAAUGGUGGAUAGCUCAGAUCAGAGGUAACGUUAGUGAAGGUGAAGAAGGGAGUGUUCUUUGAUAAUUGCUGCUGAAAAAACAAGGGGCAUGAUUUGUUAAUUUAUAAUCUACCUGUCAUUUGUCAUAGGUGAAGGUUACUUCGCUUCCUUUAGUUUUUGUAUCAGCAACGCCUCUACAUAGGCGUAGGGUGCUAACUUCGCUAAUUGUUAGCAGUAGGCGUGGAUGCUGCUAGCCCUAGCUAUCAUAGUCAUCUUCCCAUUACUUCCCGCCUAACAAGCUAAGCUAGCUACUCACUCAUCUUCAAGGUUUAUUCGAGCUGUUUACUUGACAUCGUUUUGUUCACUCAAGAGGACCACAAUGCACGGCUUGUGAGCCGCACUCCACCCUUGGUGCAAUGUCUCUGGUUUUCUCACGCCCCAGCUCCACUGCUAUUGGCAAGAAGGACAAGAGACUCAUGGCUGAGGUGAACGCCUCCCCGCUCAAGCACUUUGUCACCGCCAAGAAGAAGAUCAACGGGAUCUUUGAGCAGUUGGCUGCGUACAUCAAAGAGAGCUCCACCUUCGUGGAAGAUACCCAUAAGAAUGAGGAGCUGGACCCCAUCACCACGGAGGAGCAGGUGUUGGAGGUGCGGGGGUACCUGUCCAAGGUGGCGGGCAUCGCGGAGGUGCUGGCCCGCAGACACAUGAAGGUGGCCUUUUUCGGGAGGACGAGUAACGGGAAGAGCUCUGUGAUCAACGCCAUGCUGUGGGACAAGGUCCUGCCCUCGGGCAUCGGACACACCACCAACUGCUUCCUGCGCGUGGAGGGCACGGACGGGAACGAGUCCUUCCUCCUCACCGAGGGGUCUGAGGAGCGCAAGAGCGUCAAAACGGUGAACCAGCUGGCCCACGCGCUGCACCAGGAUGAGGACCUGGACGCGGGGAGCUUGGUGUGUGUGAUGUGGCCCAAAGCCAAGUGUGCCCUGCUCAGGGACGACCUGGUCCUGGUGGACAGCCCCGGCAUCGACGUCACCACAGAGCUGGACAGCUGGAUCGACAAGUUCUGCCUCGACGCUGACGUCUUCGUGCUGGUCGCCAACUCCGAGUCCACGCUGAUGCAGACGGAAAAGUCGUUCUUCCACAAAGUGAACGAGCGUCUCUCCAGCCCCAACAUCUUCAUCCUCAACAACCGCUGGGACGCCUCCGCCUCGGAGCCCGAGUACAUGGAGGAGGUGAGGCGGCAGCACAUGGACCGCUGCUCCAGCUUCCUGGUGGAUGAGCUGGGCGUGGUGGACCGGGCCCAGGCCAGCGACCGCAUCUUCUUCGUGUCGGCCAAGGAGGUGCUGCAGGCGCGCGUGCAGAAGGCCCAGGGCAUGCCGGAAGCAGGAGGCGCACUGGCUGAGGGCUUCCAGGCCAGAAUGUUCGAGUUCCAGAACUUUGAGAGGAGGUUUGAGGAAUGCAUCUCCCAGUCGGCGGUGAAGACCAAAUUUGAGCAGCACACGGUGAGGGCCAAGCAGAUCUCAGAGGCGCUGCGUUUGAUCAUGGACUCUGUGCACAUCGCAGCGCAGGAGCAGAGGAUUCACUGCCUGGAGACCAGGGAAGAGCGGCAGGAUCGCAUGGAGUUUAUCGACAAGCAGCUGGACCUUCUCACACUGGACUGCAAGAGCAAGAUCAAGCAGAUCACAGAGGAGGUGGAGAAGCAGGUGUCCAACGCCAUGGCUGAGGAGAUCAGGAGGCUCUACGUGCUGGUGGAUGAGUUCCACAUGGACUUCCACCCCUCAUUGGUGGUUCUGAAAGUCUACAAGAAUGAGCUGCACAGACACAUUGAGGAGGGGCUGGGCAGAAACAUGUCGGAGAGGUGCUCCACGGCCAUCACGUCCGCCCUGCAGACCACACAGACCGAGAUGAUCGAGGGGCUGAAGCCCCUGCUCCCGGCCCCCGUGAGGGAGCAGGUGGACAAGCUGGUCCCGCGCCAGUGCUUCAGCCUCAGCUACGACCUCAACUGCGACAAGCUCUGCAGCGACUUCCAGGAGGACGUCGGCUUCCACUUCUCCCUGGGCUGGACCAUGCUGGUCAACCGCUUCCUGGGGCCCAAGAACACCCGCCGCGCGCUCAUGGGAUACAACGACCAGGUUCCCCGCCCCAUGGCCAUCACCCCGGUCAGCACCAGCAUGCCCCCCUUCCCGCAGGGCUCCAUGACCCAGGAGGAGCUCAUGGUCUCCAUGGUGACGGGCCUGGCCUCCCUCACCUCCAGAACGUCCAUGGGCAUCCUAGUGGUUGGAGGCGUGAUCUGGAAGGCUGUAGGCUGGCGGCUCAUCGCUCUGUCAGUGGGUCUGUACGGCCUGCUGUAUGUGUACGAGAGGCUCACCUGGACCACCAAGGCCAAGGAGAGGGCCUUCAAGCGGCAGUUUGUGGACUACGCCUGCGAGAAGCUCCAGCUCAUCGUCAGCUACACAGGCUCCAACUGCAGCCACCAAGUCCAGCAGGAGCUGGCCGGCACCUUUGCCCAGCUGUGCCAGCAGGUUGACGUGACCCGACAGAACCUGGAGGACGAGAUCAAGGACAUGAACAGCAAGAUCGAGCUGCUGGACACCCUGCAGAGCAAAGCCAAGCUGCUGAGGAACAAGGCGGGCUGGCUGGACAGUGAACUGAACAUGUUCACUCAGCAGUACCUGCAGCAGGGCCGGUAGAGGGCCGGAGGAAGCACAUCUGCUUCCGAUUGGACGAGACCUGCCUCAUGCUCCGCGCUCUUUUCCGAUUGGACGAGACCUGCCUCAAGCCCCGCCCUCCUUCCCCCAACGUUUCACCCUGAAACUCUGCAAAUAGUCCUCCUUUCUGCUUGGAACUUUAUACAACAUUCUUCUCCUUAAUUUAAGUAUAAGACCUUUUAUCUGUGCUUUUAUAGAGGAAAAAACAUUUGAUACCAAAUAUCAUUCUAAGAUAUGGGUCUAAAUAGUACUUGAUUCAUUUUUGUUUUUGUUGUUGUUAUUUUUGUUUUUUUGUUUUUUGCAUAGUAAAUGUGAAUUAAAUUAAGAUGCCUUUUUAAUCCACCUUAGGUCAUUUGUGCCACUUGGCAGAAAGGCAGCCUAAAAAAAGCACUAUUUUUGUUAUUGUGUAAAUACCACUGCUUUGUUUAAAACUAAUUUGUAGUUAAUUUGUAGUUUCUGUGGCAUAUACAGUCAUUAUUUAUUCUUAUUUUAAUCCACAAAGUUUGGUGAAGUUUCAGUCCUGCUCUCGUGCAAUGAAUUGACAUGCAUGCUGGGGUGGACAGGUCAGUUAAUAUCGGUCUAAUCUAAAAGCCUUGUAUUUUAAAGAGGUCGGCUUGAUUUGACAAAUUCUAGUUCCGUAGACGCAGCUAUGAACAAACCCUAGUGAAGAGGCCAACUGGAGCAUCCGUGUAUAAGCUCCCCCCCACCCCCUCAAUCAAACCCAGUUCACUUAUCAUGGCAGGACGUCAAAGUUUGUUGAUACGACAGACACUCAUUGCUAAUCCCUCGGCUAACAGGACCUCUUAUUUCUCCAGUUAAAAUACUCGAUGCACUUCUCUGAUUCUGACUAUAUUGUCCAUACACCCCUGUGGUAGAAAUGUUGGUAACUUUGUAACUAGGAAGUAAAGUGUGCUUUGGCGAAGAGUGAUGUCCGGUGUCUUGGGCUAGUGAAUGAACUGUUUAAUUGUCAGUAUAGCAACGUGUCACUUGCUUUCCCAUUCUUUGUCUGCAGUGUUAAUUUUACUCCAGCGCUGUAGAUUAGGUGCACUGUAAUGUUUAAAGCGACACAGAAAUGUGUGGGAUGUCCGCAGGAAAUGAGAAUCGGUUGAUGCAAGGUGACCGUGUGAAGGAGUGGGAGCUCGGCUGUACAGCCCGUUUGAAGUAACAAGGAAAAGUUAGUCUCGGGUGUCUUAACGGCUGGCUGAAUAACCGAUCCCUGGAGGAGGAUCUAGAGCACAGACUUGAGGUUCAGUUAAAUGUACAGGACGGCAGGAGCCGCCGGUUUGCACUGUAUCCUGGUUAAAUCCCGCCUUUAUUAACUGCCUCUAUUAGAUGCAGCCACAUCUGUAAGCGAAAGGGAAAUGAGUACAGAAACGCUGACCUUUAACCCCUCGUUUCAGGUCACGGUGUAACUGGGAAAAAAAAACAAAAAAACAACAACUCUGCACCCCAACUUGAAGGAAAUGGAGGAUAAAAGGGGUUAUGGUGUGAUGUUAAGUGUCAUUUCUUACCUAGAUGAGUACUGAGGCACGCACAUGCAUUUCUGUUGUGUAGUCUGAACACGCGUCAUAUCGCAUGAUUGCAUAGGGCCUCUCUCCCGAGGCUGCCUUGCUGCACAUUAGAUGUCUUUGGGGCACGUGGCUGUCGUUUGGAGCGCUGGUGGUGCCAAGCGAUCUGAAUUGACCCGGUGAGGGCCAUUCAGAGUGGAGAUGAUGCACUUUAAGUUUGCUAUUUUUUUUUUUUUUUUUUUUUUUUUUGUAUGUUUUUUUGUAUUUUCGAUUCUGCCUCAUUCGUUCUGUAAUGACCAAAACCAGAGGGGUACAUGAAUUGCGGAGGGAAACGGACGUUCGAGGUGGAGCGUAAAUUGUAGACGUGCAUGCUGUGGCUGUUGUAAUCCAUUGUCUUGUUACACUGAAUGUAAAAAAAAUAAAAAAUUAAAUAAAAAUAAAAAAACACAAUAAAGGCAAGAUCCCAGUAAUAA